AUGGCCAACGAUCUUCCAGUUUAUACCGCUGCUCCUCCGCCACGUAUACCUCCCACGCGAGUCACUCGUGGAUACCAGCUCGAAAUGCUUGAGGAAAGUCUGCGCAGGAACAUCAUCAUCGCCCUCGACACCGGCUCCGGGAAGACGCACAUCGCCGUUCUGAGGCUGAAGCACGAGAUCGAGAGGGAGCCACGGAAGCUGGCCUGGUUCUUCGCCCCUACUGUCGCGCUGUGCGAGCAGCAGAAGACCGUGAUCAAGUUCCAGAUCCCCGUAUCGGUUGGGAUCGUCUCGGGGGCGAACGAGCCAGACCAGUGGAAGAACGCCGCGCUGUGGGAGCGUGUACUGCGAACCCAUCGUAUCAUGGUAUCGACGCCGCAAGUCUUCCUGGACGCCCUUCGACACGGGUACAUUCUCUUGGGCAGGGACAUCUCGCUCCUGGUGUUCGACGAAGCGCACCACGCCGCGGACAAGCAUCCCUACAAUCGCAUCAUGGCCGAGUUUUACUUUGAUCUACCUCCACGUACCGAGACCAACUUAGCGGAAGACGUACGUCCGAUGGUGCUAGGUCUGACCGCGAGCCCCAUUUAUGGUGGAAAUGUCGAAAAAGCUUUCAAGACCAUCGAAAGUAAUCUCGAUAGCACGAUUCGGGCACCUCGCCGUAAUCGCGAGGAGCUCGCCCAGUAUGUGCAUCGCCCCAUCUUCAAACACGUCAUGUACAUCCGGUCCGAAGACGGGUUUUCCACCAACCUCGCCGCCUUAUCAGCCGUUCUCGAGACUAUGAAUAUCGAGAACGAUCCCUACGUCAAGUCGCUGCGGUCUCAGCUCUCUCGGGCUGGUCCUGGUUCUCCCGAAUACCGUCGCAUCGAUCAGAAGCUCUCCAAAGUCAUCGAGAAAGAGAGCUCGUUCACGCAUAAGGGACUUCGUGACUUUGAGCGCGCUGCAAGUGAUAUCUGCAGCGAUCUCGGGCCGUGGUCUGCGGAUUGGUUCGUGUGGCAGGUCCUCGAGCGCGCGAAGAAGGCCGCCAACCCGUACGAUAACAUGAUGGUCACGUGGAAGCCGACAGAGAAAAGGUACCUGCUCGAUAUCCUCAAUCGAAUCGUCGUAUCGCCUGUUUCCUACUACCCAGACGACAUAGCCGACGAUUGUUCGAACAAGACGGAGGUGCUGAUCGAGUGUCUCCUGAAUGAGAAGGCCACGGCGGAGUCGUUGAACGAUAGCUAUACCGGAAUCAUCUUCGUCCAGCGGCGCGACGCCGUCAUCGCUCUCGCCGAGCUCCUCAAAAAUCACCCGGCGACAAAGGGCAUCUUCUCCAUCGGCGUCCUGCUCGGUACUUCGGAUAGCAGGCAUCGCCACUCGAUGAUGGACAUCACGCGCAACAUGGUCGAGCCGCAGGAGGAUACGAUCGCCGAGUUCAAAGCGCGGGUGAAGAACCUCAUCAUCUCGACAGCCGUCGCGGAGGAAGGCAUCGACAUCCAGGAGUGUAACAGUGUCAUUCGCUGGGAUCCGCCGCCGAAUAUGGCGAGCUGGACGCAGAGCCGCGGCCGGGCGAGGAAGCAGCGGAGUACGUUUACUGUGAUGUUUGAAGCUGGUGGCAGGGGGCAGGAAGACGUGGCAAAGUGGGAGAAUCUAGAGAAACAGAUGGUCGCCCAGUAUAACGAUCCCAGACGCGACCUCGCUCUCCUGGAUGAUAAUUCCCCGGCAGAGGACGACGUCGAAGACGAUGAGCUACAGUUCAUGGUGCCGUCAACUGGUGCAUUGCUCACGCUACACUCUGCCGUCGCUCAUCUUGAACACUUCUGCGCGGUCAUCCCAAACUCUACCCACGUUGAUAAUCGCCCUGUCUAUGAUCUGGACCCACCCGAGUUCCCCGAAGGCUGGCACGCCUUCGACUCGCACCUCAAGAGCAAGCCUCCUUGUGCUGGUCCAUUUGGAUCGACAGUCACCCUACCCCGCGCGCUUCCACUUCCCGAACGCCAGUUCACAGUCGAUAGAAUAUACCAGAACAAGACCUCAGCGCACAGACAUGCUGCAUUCAAGGCGUACAAGGCCCUAUACGACGCUGGUCUGCUCAACGAGAACCUGCUGCCUAUCACGAGCGUCAUGAAGCCCGAACUUGAGGAUGAAGUGAAGGCGAUGCUGGCCGACGUCGAGAAGCGAGAGGGUCUCGCGAAGGUGGCACUGAGCAUCGACCCAUGGAGGCCGGACGAAUCUGCGGCAGACUUGUGGUUCUGCUCGGUGCUUACGCUGGAAGGUCUGCCUCCGCUCAUGCUCUUUACACGCCGCGAGAUGGUGCCCCUGGAAAUGGGCGAAGGCCCACUUUUGUAUCGCUCUGGUGUUGCAUCCACUCGAACCUCUGUGCACCCCUUAGGAAAAGCCCCACUCGACGACAAGACAAUUCCGUAUGCUCGUGAAUACACGAGGACGGUAUUCUGGGGGCUGAAUAACUCGCGUAUGGACUGGGACGACCUCGACUUUUCGUAUCUUUUCCUCCCUAUAGAGAACAUCGCCGGUGAUGGCUGGGAGGAGCGGAGAGCGUGGUUCGCUCGAGAAGCCGCGGCCAAUCCGGAGAGGCAUCGCCACCACCUCAUGGUUCGCGCGGACGAGUUCGGAAAUAAAUUCGGGUAUCCUAAUGACCUGACUUUCAUCCAACGGCAUAUGGGGUCCGGGCGUCCGUUCAAGUUCGUUGCGUGGAGGCACGAUCCUCUUUCGGAGGAAGAAGAAGCGGAGCUUCGCGAAGAAUACGAAAAACAUCUUGAAGAGGUCGAAAUUACCUAUCCACUCCUCGCGGUCAGAGCGUAUCCUCCUCGCACGAAUCUCCUCAUCCCAAUCAAGCCACGAGACCCUGACGAAGAUGGGCCUGCUGAAGCGCCGAUCAUCUACCUCCUUCCUCAACACUCGGGGGUCGUCCUACUGUCUCCACAUGACAGCGAAUACGGCUUCCUCCUCCCAUCCGUUCUUCGCUCCCUUUCAAUGACUCUAACUGCCGUCUCGCUCCGAAAUACCCUCUUCUCCGAGACCCGCAUCGCCGAAAUACCCAUUCCACUGUUGACGAUCGCUGUCACUGCCCCAGUGUCUGGAGAACGCUUGAACUACCAACGGCUGGAAACUUUGGGUGAUACCGUCCUGAAAUUCAUUGCCGGGAUUCAGCUUUUCACUGAAUAUCCGUUGUGGCAUGAGGGAUACCUGACGAGGAAGAAGGAUCAUGCUGUGUCGAACGUCCGGUUGGCGAAGGAAGAUAUCAAACGCGGAUUGUAUCGAUGGAUUAUUAGAGAUACAAUGCUAGGAAAGAAGUGGAAGCCACAGUAUUUUACCACUAAGAAAGUUGUCGAGCCCCCACCAUCUUCGCCUACUUCGCCCACCUCACCUUCGCAUAUCGAAUCUAUGCCUAUUGUGGAAUCUCCUGCACCAUCUCCGUCGGCAGCAGAUUCGCCUUCGCAGGAGCGAAACGGCACGACAGAACAGAAGAAAAAGCCGAAGCCGAAGAAGGUCAAAGCAAAAGGCUCUCAAAAACUAUCAACGAAAGUCCUUGCUGACGUUGUAGAAUCCAUCAUCGGCGCAGCGUACUUUCACGGCGGAUUUGAACUUGGUUAUGAAUGUCUCAAGUACUUCGACCUCGGGCUUAAAUGGGAGCCACUCUCAGACCGUAUCGCACAAGUCCUUUCGCGAGUCGAUGCUGCCUCCUACGACCCUUCCGGUGCCGAAUUCGUUUUCCCACCUCAACUCAACGACGUCGAGCGCAUGCUCAAUUAUACAUUCAAGCGCAAGAUCCUGCUCAUCGAGGCUCUCACACACGCAUCGUAUCAGUCCGACUCGCGGACGCCGUCCUACGAGCGUAUGGAGUUCCUGGGCGACUCCGUCCUCGACAUGAUUGUCACGGACUACCUGUACCGCGCCCCAGGGAAGAACUACUCCCCGGGACACAUGCAUCUGCGCAAGUCCGCCGUCGUCAACGGGCACCUCCUAGCAUACAUCUGCCUCAAAACCUCAACCACGCUCGCCGCGAGCAUACCGCGGCCCAACGCCUCGGGUGCGAUAGAGGAGACGGACGACUCGCAGGAGAUAUACCUGUACAAAUGCCUCCUGCACAGCUCGGGCAAGGUGCUCGAGGACCAGCUUAACGCGUUCACGCGCUUCCGCCUCCGGCGCCCCGAGAUUGAGGAGUCGUUGGCCGAGGGGAUAUUCCCGUGGGCAGCACUGACGAAGAUGCAGGCGCCCAAGUUCUUCAGCGACAUGAUCGAGUCGCUCCUCGGUGCGAUAUUGCUCGACUCUGGGGGCUCGGUCGACGUCGUCCGCGGUGUCAUCACGCACCUGGGCAUCAUGACGAUUCUGGAGCAUAUCGUGAACGCCGAUGUUGAUGUCCUGCAUCCGGUAUCGAGGCUCUCGCUUUGGGCGCAGAAGAAUGGAAGGGAGAUCGCAUAUGAUAGCAGGAAGGAGGGCGGGCAUGCGGUGUGCUCCGUGCUCGUGGAUGGUGUGAAGGAGGUAGAGGUGUCUGAUGAAUGGCGGGGCAAGCCGAGCCAGGAGGAAGUCAAGUUUACGGCGGCGGAGAAGGCGAUCAAGGCGUUUAGGCUGAGGGACGUUGGGGUGGAGUAUGAGUUGUUAAAGAAGAAAAGGAAGCCAUCGUCGAAGUCGAGGAAGAAGCAGAGGGCAAAGGAGGAGGGAGACGCCGCGGCGGCGUAA